AUGGAGUGUCAGUAUUCUGGGUUCCGUGUAAAACUCAAAUCCUCAGAGCUUGGCGAAGUCAUUGGCACUGUCUGUAAUGUUACUGAAUCAAAAAUCGAACUCACAGACGCACGUGUGAAUGACGCUGGUGACCCACUAUCAGUUCUCUCCGUCCAGAGCCAAUUCAUUGAAAACUUGCGCAUUCUGGCCACAGCUAAUCGGAAUCCAUCCGCUGAUAUCACUCGCAUUAAAUCACAGGAAAAUUCGCAAGUUUCUACUGAUCGUGCACACUGUAGAGAAAUGCUUCGCAACAUCCCAAACGCAUGCAGUGCCGACGUGUACGGAGAUUCUCAUCCCCUCAUUCACCACUCUACCGGAGCUCCUGUCCCCGCAGUCUUCAACAGCGGCAAUCCCAGACAGAAGGCUGCCUCCGGUCUUCAACUGCUCGAUUCGGCGUUGGCUGAUUUCACUUCAAACAAUUGCAAAACUGACAAAUAUGGAGGAAGUGGUACUCCCUCCAAGCGUCGCACUUACUCUAGUAUGUUUUGCAAAUCAGAUGCCAUAUACUUCCAGUUUUUGCAAACAGACCACUAUUCUCGUAGGUUAAACUAUUGA